AUGUCUAAGCUUUUUGUCCACGGCCUUUCUUGGCAUACUAGCGACGAGACCUUGCGUGAAGGUUUCCAACAAUUCGGCGAAAUUCAAGAAGCCAUUGUUGUCAAGGACCGUGCGACUUUGCGCAGUCGUGGUUUCGGCUUUGUCCGUUUUACUACUGAUGCGGAGGCGGAUGCCGCGCUGAACGCGAUGAACAAUCAAGAGUUCGACGGGCGAGUUAUUCGUGUUGACAAGGCGUUCGACCGUCCUCAACGCCCCGAAGGUGGCUUCCAAGGCCGUGGUGGAUACAAUUCCCAGCCCCAGUCUGGCUACCAAGGUGGAGGUCAGGGCGGCUACGGUGGAGGUUACAACGGCAACGGGUACAACAACGGUGGAUACGGGGGCGGGUACAACCGUGGUUACAACAACUACGCCCCCAGUGGUCCCGGCUAUGGCGCAGGCGGCCAUGGCGGAUAUGGUGGUGGUCCAAAUUCCGGAUACGGUGGUGGCGGAGGCUGGCGCGGGAACAACGAGCAGGCCCCCCAAGAUGGCCAUCAUGCUCAGUAA